AUGAUAGCGAUGGAGAAUACAAGCAGAGGGGACUCAGAUUUGGAAGAAAGAUAUGGAAUCAUCCAUACUCCUGAACAUGAGGCUGGAGAACUUGGAAACUAUACAACUGAAGGAAGCUUGCAGCAGUCAUCUACUUUCCUGCUGGAAUGUACUGAAACAGAUACUGAAAUACAGGCCCCAGAAGCUGGGAGCACAUUUGUUGAGGAACUGGACCAGGAGAAUGGGACUACUGUCCUAAAUGAAGGAGAUGAAGACCCCAAUGAUUUCCAAAAAGAUAAAGCUGAAGCAGAAGUUGAUGGUGAUGAAGACUAUAUGUUCCCAAGUCCAGAAGAAUUGGAGAAGUCUAGAGCUCCAGAGGUUGGCAUGAUAUUUUCGACACUACAAGACGCGCAUCGUUUUAUCAAUGUCCAUGGGCAAGUUACUGGAUACACAGUGAUUAAAGGAACAAAUUACAAGCACAAGAAGAUAAGAUUUGUGUGCAAUAAAAGUAGGAAAACAAAACAAGCUGAUACAAGACCGAAGAAGAGGAGAAGAGAUGCUAUUGUGCAUACUCAAUGCCCCAUGAAGGUGACUGUGAAACUUGUUGCAGAGAGGUGGGAGAUUAUAGGAGUUAUGAAUGAACAUAAUCACCCACUUUGGAGUUCACCUUUGUUGACCAGAUUUUUCAUGAGCCACAAGCACAUGUCAGAGGAAGAGAGACACUUCUCAAGAGUAUUGCAAGAAAGCAAAAUUAAACCAACAAAGAUAAUGGAAAUUUUCAAGAAAUUACAGGGGAGAUUUAAGAAUAUACCUGUGAGUAAAGUGGAUGUCAACAACUUGAAACAGUCUGGCAGAGUGAUGAAGACUAGGAAUACAGAUAUUGGAAGCACACUAGAACAUGUGAGAAAAUUGCAAAAGGAGCAACCUGGGUUGUACUAUGCUAUGAAGACUGAUGAAGAUAGUGCUAUAAGAAGUAUCUUUUGGACAGAUGUGCGAGCUAGACUGGAUUAUGCUUUAUUUGGAGAUUCCAUUCAUAUUAAUACAACUUAUAGAACCAAUGCAUACAACAUGCCGUUUGCAUCAUUAUUUGGAAUUAAUGGGCAUGGUAAGCCAACUGUCUUUGGUUGGGCUCUGCUUGAAAAUGACGAGGCAGAGACAUUCUCUUGGUUAUUCAGGACAUUCUUGGAUGUGAUGGAUGACAAGAAACCAAGUAUUAUAAUGACUCGUCAGGAUUCAGCUAUGCAGAAAUCAAUUGCAGAGGUAUUCCCUACAGUUUUUCAUCGGUUUAGCAUGUGGCAUGUAAUGAGGGAAGCUGCAGUUGAAUUUGGAGGUUUUAUGGCAAACAGACCUGGAAUGGAUGCUGAGAUGUCAUGUCUUGUUUUGAAUUCUUUAACUACUGAAGAUUUUGAGAAUGGUUGGAAAGCAAUGCUUAAGAAAUAUAAUGCAGAAAUAAAUGCACACUUGAAGCAAAUGUAUUGGACAAGAUCUAUGUGGGUGCCAGUUUACUUCAAACAUGUGUUUUGCCCAUUUAUACGUUCCUUCGGAGGUUGUGAGAGCACAAACUCAAUCUUCAAGGACUAUGUUCUGCAGGAGGAUAACAUUGAAACCUUCAUCGGUCAGUGUAACAUUUUCCAAGAGCAGGUUGUUAGCAUUGAUAGAUUUGAGUCAAGUAUUCAAAAGCCAAUAUACUGCACAAGGCAACCAAUAGAAAGGCAUGCUGCAGAAAUUUACACAGUGGGACUGUUCUUAAAAUUUCAGAAAGAGCUACUUGAUGCAUCUGCUUUCAAUGUUUUUGAAGAGGAAAAGGACAGAAUUUAUACAGUGAAGAGAGUGCUGGAAUAUGAAGAUGCUGAAUUUCUGAAUGAUUCCUUCUCUGUUGAAGUUGACAUGGAAAAAAAGAUAUUUAAUUGCAUAUGUUCGAAGUUUGAGCGAGAUGGAAUACUUUGUUGCCAUGUUCUAAGGCUUUUCACACAGUUUGGAAUUAACGAGAUACCUGAACACUAUAUCAGGCAAAGGUGGACAAAGAAGUUCAGAGGGCAGGAGUUACAAAAACUUUGUACAGAAAAGACAGGAUCAGAUGCUUCACAAAAUGUGCUGAGGUAUGCUAUGCUUAUGAACAAGACAGCAGAUACUUGUGCUUCUGUAAGCAGGGAUCCAAAUCGAAGUCAAAUAUUCUUGGAAGAGCUCGAAAGGAUUCAACAGAAGCUCUCAAGCAGAGAAUAG